AUGGCCUAUGAAUGCUCUGGCGGGUCCAACACCGACCUGGUCGAAUGCCUCGCCACCAAAGGCCUGAUUACAUCGGGGCGCGUGAAGGAAGCCAUGCUAAGCGUGGACCGAGGACACUACUCCCCGACGGGCCCAUACGAGGACCGUCCACAGUCCAUCGGCCAUAAAGCCACCAUAUCGGCACCACAUAUGCACGCCUCGGCUUGUGAGUCGUUGUUGGGGUACCUGACGCCCGGCGCCAAGGUGCUGGACAUUGGCAGCGGGAGCGGCUAUCUCACGCAUGUGCUGGCAGAGCUGGUGAAGCCUGACGGAGUCGUCAUCGGUGUCGAUCAUAUCCAACCACUAGUGGACCUAGCACGCGAGAACAUGGCCAAGAGCCCGGAAGGCAGGGAGAUGCUUGAGUCUGGCGCUGUCAAGUUCGUCAAGGCAGAUGGUCGUAAAGGGUGUCCCGAUGAAGGACCCUAUGAUGCGAUCCAUGUGGGUGCGGCCGCCGCGGACCAUCAAGAGAAGCUAGAGCAACAGCUUAAGGCGCCGGGAAGGAUGUUCAUACCCGUCGAGAAGGGAUACAUGCAACAUAUCUGGAUCGUUGACAAGGAUGAGGAGGGCAAAAUGAAGUACACGAAGGACAUCGGCGUCCAAUACGUGCCACUGACGGAUGCCCCACAGUAUUGA